CAUUGUGGUGGUGUGAGCUGCUGUGAUGGUGCUACAGAGCAACCUCAGGGUCUCCAAGCUACACUUUAACUGCUGCAUAUGAGGCUUUUCUUUCAGUGUGUGAGAGCUGGAAGGUGGAAGAACCAGCCAGCCUGCUUGGAAUACAAAUUCCUAUCGCAGUUGUAUCCAGGGACCCUCCAGGCCAGCAAAAAUGCUGCUGUAGAUGACUGUGCUUGUGCCUCACAUGCUAUGGCUCUACAUGGCGUCUGCAGGACCAGACCAUGCUAAUCUGGGCCCCAAACAGCAGAAGAACAUUGGGCUGGAGUCAGACACCCUUUCAGCAGAAAGACCUAAGCCGUGCUGGGCCUGGUGUCUCACUCAGCAGCAGGCAAAACCUGUGUGGAAUUUAGAGGAGAGAUGUGAGAGUGCUUUCCAGGAUCGCAUCCUGUUCCCCUCAGGGAUCCCUCUGCAGCAAUCCUGCCUCUUGUGCUCACCGUCACUAUGCCAUGCACAGCCCACUGAAGACAGCCUCCAAAGCCCUCCAAACACUGACUCUGUCACGAGAAGGGUGAUGUCUUCCAUGCUGAUGAAACCCUGCCUGCUGGCAGAGGAGCGCUCUGGAGCUGGGGUCAAAGGCUCUGCCCUCAGCUCAGGUCAGCAGGCUGCCAGCUCCUCUAGACCAGUGCUCAGUAACAACUCCUUCCUAUGGCCAAGCAGUGCUAAAGUGCCUUGUCUGCAGUCACUCAAGAUGAAAAAGGUGGAAAACACCCGGAGUUUUCUUGCUGUUUCAUGGUCCCACUGCGGAGACAAUAGAGACAGCUUCCCUAGCAGCCUGAUCAACAGAGCAGUGACGAACAGCAGCAUUGUGUCAGAGCAAAACACAAUCCCCUCCCUUACCCCUGUGCCAAGCAGUGCGAUCCUCAGGAAGGAGCAGUGCUCGUUGGACGACACUAAGGGGAGACUUCACAGCUCAAAAGAGAAAGAACUGGAGAAGAGCCUCUUGAAGGCUGUGCAGCAGCUACCUAGUCAGGCUGUCACACACAGAGGCUUUGGGUGCCAAGUUGAAAGUUCUGGCCUUAUGAAUGUGAGUAGCCUGUCCAACCGGAACAGCAGGAGGAGGCAGCAUGCCGGAGUGCAGAUAAUCCGGAAGGAAACCAUGGCUCCCCUGAACCUGGAGCUGGGGAGCCAUCGCCUUAGCAGUAACUCGAGCCUUACGGGCACCUGGGACGCCGCUGCCCGCGCUGAGCGGAUCGGUGACCGUCCCUUAGCCUCGCGUGCCGGCGCUCCCGACUGCAGCACCGGCUGCCGUCCCGAGGGCGUGCUGAGCCCUCUGUGUGCGGGGAACCGCCUGGCCAGAACAGAGCCUCUGCACUUCACUGCCGUCUCUGAGGUGGCAGCACAAGUGUCCACCAUCCAGCUGGAGAAAGAGGAGAAACAGGCCCAGCCUGUGGUCCCAGGAAGGCUUAAUGCUACUGCUAAGAAGUCACUGCUGGAGCUGAGCCAUCCCCAGGAUGAAGCAGAGGAAGAACUUCCUGAUGGCCUGGAUGAGAGCUGCAGUCAGGAGGAGUAUGAGGACAGUGACUCGGAUGCUUCCUCUGAUGCUGAUGUGUCUCCUGGAUCCAGGAGUUGCAUCGAGUGCCUGGCUCAACCUGCUGAAGCUCAAGACAAAGUGCUCAAACCAGCUCUUGUGUGCAGUUUAUUCCCUAAUGUGCCUCCAACAAUCUACUUCAGUACUCGGGAUGAGACAGUGGAAAAGCUGCCUUGGGAGCAGAGGAAGCUGCUGCGAUGGAAAAUGUGCAGAGUCACGCCUAACAUAGUGAAGCAAACCAUUGGCAGGUCCCACUUCAGAGUGAGCAAAAAAAGCAAUGACUGGCUGGGUUGCUGGGGCCACCACAUGAAAUCCCCUGGCUUCAAAGCCAUCAGGGAGCACCAAAAGCUAAACCACUUCCCCGGUUCAUUUCAAAUUGGAAGGAAGGACCGCCUGUGGCGCAACCUGGUGAAGAUGCAGGCUCGCUGUGGGAAAAAGGAGUUUAAUUUCUUCCCUCAAUCCUUCAUCCUGCCCCAGGACAUCAAAUUACUCAGGAAAGCAUGGGAGGAAGGAGCUAGCCGACAGAAAUGGAUUGUGAAACCACCAGCAUCAGCAAGAGGCAUUGGUAUUCAGGUCAUCCACAAAUGGAGCCAGCUCCCCAAAAGGAGACCACUGCUAGUACAGAGAUACCUGCACAAACCCUACCUCAUUGGCGGGAAGAAGUUUGACCUGAGGAUCUAUGUUUACGUCACUUGCUAUGAUCCCCUCAGGGUCUACCUGUUCAAGGAUGGAUUGGUUCGCUUUGCUAGCUGCAAGUACUCCUCCUCAAUGGAGAGCCUCAGCAACAAGUUCAUGCACUUGACCAACUACAGUGUGAACAAGAAGAACACGGAGUACAAAUCCAACUCGGAUGAGACUGCUUGUCAGGGACACAAAUGGGCACUCAAAGCUCUCUGGAGUUACCUGACCCAGAAAGGAGUUAAUAGUGAGGCCAUCUGGGAGAAGAUUAAGGACAUCGUUAUCAAAACCAUCAUUGCUUCUGAGCCCUACGUGAACAGCCUGGUGAAGAUGUACGUGCGCCGGCCGUAUUGUUGCCAUGAGCUGUUUGGGUUUGAUAUCAUGCUGGAUGAAAACCUCAAGCCCUGGAUCUUAGAAGUCAACAUUUCCCCAAGCCUCCACUCCAACUCCCCACUGGAUGUGAGCAUCAAGGGCCAGAUGAUUCGGGACCUCCUCAACCUCGCUGGCUUUGUUCUGCCCAGCACGGACAGUAUGGCCUCAAGGACACAGACAAGAAGUGGCUCUAUCUGCAGUCUGGGCAGUGCUUUGAAGGAGAAGCCCAGGCCAUUAUCUGAGCAUUUGAAAGCAGAGAAGAUGAAGAAGGCCUAUUACUUGAUGCAGAAGAUACCUGACCAGGAUUUUUAUUCUUCUGUCUUGGACAUCCUGACUCCAGAUGACGUUCGCAUCCUGGUGGAGACAGAGGAUGAGUAUUCCCGGCGCGGGCAGUUUGAGCGGGUGUUCCCCAGCCACAUCUCCAUGCGGUACCUGCGCUUCUUCGAGCAGCCUCGUUACUUUAACAUCCUGGUCACCCAGUGGGAGCUCAAAUACUACUUGAAUAGGCACAAAGGUCUGGAGCUACUGAAGAACUGGUGUGUCAAAGGUUACCACACUGGGGCAGGGACGGAUUUGGCCCAGAUGUGGUCAUUGCCAAAGUCGUUGUUUCUCCAGAAGAGUAGCAUUCAGUCAAACGGCUUCAGCAAACUGGAACUGGGCAGACUGGGCACAUGCCUCCCUUCAGCUGGUGAGGAUCUCACAAGAUGCCUGGAGCCCAGCCCUACUCAGAGCUUACCUCUCAACAAGUGCACUGGUGGAGCCAACCAGAGACCUGCUGGCUGCCUCUCUGACACUGCCCUGGUGAUGUGACCAAGCAGCCACUGUCCCUCCCUGGGGACAUAUCAACCUACCUCAAAGGAAGAGACAGGAGCUGGCUCUGUAGAUCAAGGACUGUGGGAGCCCCUU